AUGUCAGCCAUAGAACAUGGCAUCCUCCACCCGCGCGCCUCCCGCGCAGGACCCUCCAAUCUAUCCGGCUUUCGAGAGUCCAAUCUGUCCUUCAACCAGAAACACGCCCUGAAAACGGAGAUCAACAAGUUGGACUCGGAGCUCCGCGAAAUCGACGCGCAGAUCGCGCAACUCAAGGCCACUCGAGGCACCAUCGUGACACAGCGCGAGAAUAAACUGAAAGAGUAUGAAUCUCUGCAGUCAGACUCUUUCCGACCCAGCGCGAACGCGUCUCACAAUGGAAUUUCGGACGCGAAGGCAACCUCGUCCACCACCAUUGACUACGCCUCGAGCGAUUGGGAUUGGACCCCGCAGCUGCGGAGGGCUAUGAAAAAGGUGUUCGGGAUUGACGACUUUCGCCUGUGCCAGGAAGCUGUUUGCAACGCGAAUAUGGACGGACGGGAUAUUAUCUGUGUUAUGCCCACGGGUGGAGGGAAGAGCUUGACGUACCAACUCCCCGCGCAGCUUUUGCCGGGCACCACGCUCGUCAUCUCACCCUUAAUAUCGCUCAUCACGGACCAGAUCAUGCAUUUGCACGAGGCAGGAGUGCAAGCCGUAAUGAUGACGGGCAGCACAUCCAAAACGGAAAUCAAGGACAUAUAUUCCCGCCUCACCGGACCGAUCGACAGCCAACGCGGCGAAAUCAAGUUGUGCUAUGUUACUCCAGAGAAACUAUCAAAGAGUAAGGCGUUCAUGAGUGUUCUUCAGAGGAUGGACGAACAGGGCAGAUUGACACGGGUCGUGAUUGAUGAAGCACAUUGCGUCUCCGAAUUGGGUCACGAUUUCAGGCCGGACUACAAAGAGUUAUCGAAGAUCCGCGUUCUCUUCCCUCGGGUACCCAUACUCUGUCUAUCCGCCACCUGCCCACCCAAGGUUCGGAACAGUAUCCUUCACAUCCUCCGGCUGGAUCCGGUGAUCCAAUGCGGAGGUAGCAUCAGUUCCAAGAAGGGGACCGUGUACUUCUCUGCGCCGCUCUACCGCAAGAACCUACACUACAAGGUCUUACCCAAACCGGCCGCCUCCAAGGAUGUGCUCAAGGUCAUGGCCCAGUACAUUCUCACAAACCACGCAGAUCAGAGCGGGAUUGUAUACUGCUACCGGAAAAAGGAUACGGAAGAUGUUGCGGCCGGCCUGCGCGAACAUAGCGAUAGUCGAAUCAAGACGGGUGUUUAUCACGCCGAUAUCGGCGAUACCGCCAAGGAACAGCUGCAUACGCGGUGGAGGAAGGGCGAGAUCAAGAUUGUCUGUGCUACCAUAGCCUUUGGCCUAGGAAUAGACAAGGGCGACGUCCGAUUCGUCCUCCACCACUCCAUGUCUAAAUCCCUUGACGGGUACUAUCAAGAAACCGGGAGAGCAGGUCGUGACGGCAAAGACGCAUCCUGCGUCCUAUACUAUCGACCCCAGGAUGCUAGCAGUCUCAGCGCUCUGGUGUACGGCCAGCGAGACGGUCUGGACAAAUUAUCACAGAUGCUUCGUUUCGCGCACGAUGUAGAAGAGUGCCGCAAGAUCCUCUUUGCGAAACACUUUUCUGCGUCAUCGCAGCUCUCGCUCAGCGAAUGGCAGGAAGGCGGGUCGUCGGUCCUCCAAAGAUGCGGUCACUGUGAUAAUUGCACCCGUCCUCCGGAGGACGUCGAUCGGAGAGAUGUGACUAUGGAAGCCUGGAAGAUUCUCAAAGUCGCUCAGGCGAUAGUGAAGGAGGAUGGACGCGUGACGUUCAGCAUGAUGGGCGACUUGGUACGUGGAGCUGGGGGUGGGUCUUUCGGCGUUGUUCAAGGCGGAGGAGGAAGGAGAGGGAAGCUGAAGGCGAAGGAGAAGGCAGGUCUGGACCUCGACGCUGUCGCAGGGGGCAAAGUCUCCCUGUCAAAGGAUGACACCGAGACUCUGAUCGUUGAAUUACUGCUCGCCAGAUACCUGGAUCAGACGUUCAGUGCGACCUCUUACACCACAAACGUGUAUAUCAGCCCAGCUCCUGACGCCAUUCGGCUCACGAGGUUGUCCUCGGCUGACGUCGAAAACGGGAAAGGGCCUCGCCUGGAGUGCUCCUUCCUCAAGCACGGCAAAGCACGUACUGCGGGAGCGCGCAAAAUGAACAAAGUGUCGAAAUCGACGGCGAACCAUGCCACGGGCGAUGAUCAUGUUCACGAUGCAGUAGCCGAUGUUUCCAAGAGGAAGCGUAGUCGCGCUGACCCAAUGCCCCGAGGGAUGGCCAAGUCGCACCAUUUUCACCAGAUGUUCGUCGACGAUGCGGAUGACGAUGACGAAUACGACCCCGUCAGUGCGCCCGACAGCGAUGAUGCAGGAGAUGGGGACUGGUCCAUGACUGUUACUGCUGAACCUCCCGCGAAGAGGCCUAGGCCACGUCGUAGCUCAGGGUCUUCUCCUCAUCAAAAACACCGUAAGGGUGUGCUUGCAAGUGAUGAAGAUGUAAUACUACUAUCAUCUGAUUGA